UCAACAGCAGCAGAGACUGUUGUUGAUAUCAACUUUAACAUAAUUAACAUAAUAACUUUGAGAACAGAACAUUUAUCCCUCAGCCAAUCACAGGUAAGGAGAUUCUCAGUGUCCGCCCACCGACUCAACUUCUCUCUCACUGAUCAGUGUCCGGUCAUCGUUCACUGUCCACAGCAGAGUCCAGAGUGAAGAUGUCGUCAUUAUUGUUGUGUGUUGUUGUGUUGACGACUCAGAUCUGCAGCGUCACAGCGACACAGAAUCAUCGCAGCCUGUUUACCGGGCCUGAAGAUGCUCGGCUGGCCGAGGGCAGCAGCCGCUGCUCUGGUGCUGUGGAGAUGAAGCAUGAAGGCGAGUGGAGAACUCUCACCCUCUUUCAAAAAGUGCUUCCAGCUACACAUAAGGUCAGAUAUGCAGACAUAGCAUGUAAGCAGAUGGGCUGUGGGUCCGUGGUCUCUGUCAGAUACAGCACCAACAACACUGACCCUAAACCAGCAUGGAGGGUUGAGUUCCACUGCAGAGGCGCUGAGGCCACCAUGAGGGAGUGCAUCACCGGCCCCGGAGCCGGGAGAGUGCAAGGGAAGAAUGCAUCUCACUCCAGUCUGGACGUGGUCUGUGCAGAGUCUGUGAGGUUUGUGGAAACACUGAACGCCUGCAAAGGCCCAGUGGAGGUGAAGUCAGGUCAGGGUUGGGUCCCCGUGUGUGGAGAUGGUUUUGACUCGCAGACUGCACAGGUGAUGUGCAUGGAGCUCGGCUGUGGGGCUCCACAGUCAGGCGCACACGCGUUCACACUGGGAGAAGAACUGGUCUCAUCCCAACCGUUCCGGUGUAAAGGCAACGAGUCUCGUCUGGAGGACUGCGCCAAAUCCGUCCGCCACGACUGCAGACCACUUACUAGGAUUUCCUGCUCUACUGACGGUGAUGAUUUGAGGCUGGUGGGAGGAGCAAGUCGCUGCAGUGGAACUCUGGAGGGGAAGCAUGACAGAGAGUGGAGGCCGCUGGCCGACAUAUGGGACUACUGGCAACCCGACGCAGUCUGCAGGCACCUGGACUGCGGCGUCGGCGUCUCAGCGUCGAGGACUUAUCUUCAAAAGCAGCGCGCGUGGAAACUUAUAUAUGAAUGCAGACACAUGCGCAGCACAGUCUGUAGACACUUGGUGGAGACUGAGAGCAGAGACGUCAUGACUGUGGUCUGUUCAGAGAACGUGAGACUUGAAGGAAGAGAUCGGUGUUCAGGUCAGAUCCAGGUGAGGACCGGCCAGCUGUGGUCUCCAGUGUGCGGGAAAGUCUUCGGUCCAGAGGAAGCAAAAGUGAUCUGCAGACAUCUCGGCUGCGGCUUUGCUCAUAGCCGCGAUUCCUCUGGUCGAUAUGGAGUGAGUGAACGCUCCUGGGCGCCGGUGUUUCAGUGUGACGGUGGCGAGCAGCGUCUCAGUGACUGUCCCUCCGCGGCGCUCAAUACCACAGAAGAGUGUGGAGAAGCUUCCCUGACCUGCAAAAAACUUCCUUAUAAACCUCAUGUGUUCAUCAGAACUGCACAAGGGAAGAAUGUGGAUACGGAUAAGAUUCGUAAAGGCCAACGUUUUGCUAUCGUGUGCAGCCAUCGCUCAGAUUACCGCGUCCACGUCUUCCGCCUCAGGUUUGCCGUGUACAGCUCACAGCCCACAGUGACGACUCAGUCACCUGACGACGGCGACGGCGACGGCGUCUUCCUCUUUCCUCCGGCAGACGAGCAUCACUCACGGUUCUUUAUCUGCGAGUACAGCUACGAUUUCGCACCUGAGAUUUUCUCGUCAUCAGACCUCGAUUCUCUCACUGUUAAAGAGGUCGACGACCUGAGGUUAUUGGGAGCCGGUAACCGCUGUCAUGGCAGAGUGGAGCUGCAGUAUGAGAAUGAGUGGAGACCGCUGAGCCCCCGGCACUCGUGGAGCCUGCAGGAGGCAGACGUGGUGUGCAGGCAGCUCAAAUGCGGCUCGGCCGCGUCGACGCGGACGCUCAGAAACGAGGCUGGACUUAUGCCGACGUGGCGCUUCUACUCCGACUGUCGCGGCUCGGAAAGUGUCCUCGUGGACUGCGGCGCCGUGGAGAAGUGGCUUUCUUCUUCUACUGUUCAAGUGGUCUGCUCAGAUAUUCUGCCUCAGCCCAACAUGACUCUUUACUCCGGACAGAGCGGUGGAAUGAAUAAAAACAUGGAGGUCAACAGGGGCCACAGCUUCACGGUGCACUGCUCUGUGGAGCCUCAGUUUCCUGGAGGUCACUUCAGCCUCAUCCUCAGAAGCUUCAACCAAACCUCCAACUUCACUCAGCCGUGUGUCCACCACUCAGCCGUCUUUGAGUUCUCCAGGUCAUCCGUGGGGCACCAGGGCAACUACAGCUGCGUUUACCACAACUCUCUCUUCGGUCAUGACUUCUCUUCCUCUGAGUCCAAGGGCCUCUCUGUCACUGUCAAAGACAGGUUGGACGUGAUGCUGGACGACGGCACGUCCUGCGACGACCCCGACGACCUCUGCUGUGCCGGGAAGCUGCUGGUGGGCUCCGGGAACCGGAGGCUGCUGAGCGCAGAGUCGACGGCGUGGGACCUGAAGCACGCCGCCGUGGUGUGCGCACAGCUGGACUGUGGCCCCGUCGUCUCCACCAGAGUGGUCACUCUUGCCAAAGUGGCAAAGGUGUGGCGCUUGUUCUCCGACUGCGAUGGAUCGGAGACCUCGCUGAUGGACUGUAUAAGUAUAAAGACGUGGUACUCCACCUCCGCCAUCGAAGUGGUCUGUGCUGGUGAGACACUUGAUUGAUGUUUUUUUAAAGGAAAACUUGAGUGAUUUGCAUUUAGCUUUGUUUCAGUAUUUUUUUAAAACUUGUGUGUCUCAUCGUCAGUUUCCUCCGAGUCGGGCCUUGAAACUGCAAUUCCACACUUUUCAGACCCACUGGUCGGGGGGGGCGGGACCUCAUGCCCAGAAUGUAAACAGUGUCCGCCGUCUAUGCUAACAGGAGUCACUGGUGGACACGUAACAAAGAAAGGGACGAAGACAUUUGUGGACUCUGAGGAAACUGACGAUGAGACGCACGAGUUCUCAAAAAUACUUCCCUGUUCUCGUGAUACAAAGCUAAACGCUAAUGUGUGAAGUUUUCCUUUAAGCUGUUGUUGUUUUUGACAGAGUCAGACCGUCUGAGCAAGAAGCUGGAAUCAUGAGUCUGUGCUGCAUUUUACUUCUUUUUUUUUAACAUUCCCUUUUUUAUUGAUUCUUGAUUUUGUAUACAAACAAACAAACAAACAAUGAACAUGAGACCUGUAGACAAGUGCAGUAAUAUCAGGGGAAAAGUAGAGACGUACAUAAAGAGACUUGUAAACACCUGCAGACAUGAAAGCAAGCACUACAAGUCAAACAAGUCAAAGAGGAAAGUAGAUAAAUAAAAGUAUUCUAACCUGAAAUGACCUGAGGUCUGGUCUGACGGUAGAGACAUGUGGAAUCCACUUUUGCCAAUUCUCAAUAAAUACCUCCUUUUGUCUUCUCAGA